AUGAAUAAAAAAGAAACAUUUUUUUUAUCUCAUCAAGUUGAUUUGGGACUCAAAUCUAAUGAAGACAGCUUUAGGCCAAUAGCUACAGCUGCUUGCACUGGCAGCGAAUUUAAUUUUGACGAUAAAUUCUCUUAAACAGUUACUUCAUCCAAAUUUAUGAAACCGAAUUCAAUGCAUAGCAUUCGAAAUAUUUUUGAUGAGGUCAAUAAUGAAGAAAGAAAAAAAUAUACUGACAGUCAAAUUGGACCCAGAUUUGAGGAUGAUAAAAAAGAAAAGAUUGUAAAAUGGUCUAUUGUUGGAAAACCUGAAUAGUUUCUAUCUGUGAGGAAUAAACAUAGAUAAAAAGUUGUUAUUAAACAAAAAAAAGGAGAUGGGGAUGAUUCCUUUUCAGAUGAAGUUCCAUCAUCAGUCAAACCAAUUAUGUUAUAGUAAUCUUAAUCAUAAAUUUCGGGAAUGGGAUAACAAAGAAAAACACCAAAAAAACCAAGAGGAGAAUUUAAAAUGCUAGCAAGACAAGAAGCCUUAAUCAAAAUGGUUGAAGCCAAAAAAAGAAUAGAAUCCAAUCUCAAAGAAAAACAAAUGUAUGAGCAAAAUCUUCCUCUUCAUUUACAAAAUGCUGUAACAAGAGAAAAAAGAGUUUUGGAUAAAUUCGAUGUAUAAAAAGAAAAGUGGGAGUUUUUCAAUAAUUAGAUAGCAUCAAAUUGUGAAAGGAAUCCUUAUAACACAAUCAUGAUUAGAUCUGACAAUUAUAGAGAAAAAAACUAGAAGAUUAGCAUAAUUGAAUCUUUAAAAAACGAAGAUGAAAAAUACAAUAAUCGACUUUGGUAUAUGAGACUAAGAUGGUACGAUAAUAAAGAUGAGAGACCUCCUUUCACUUUAAUUACAAAACCUAAAUAAAAAAGUCUCCCGUUAUCUAGCAGAUUAGUUAAUCGAUAUGUGAAGGACCCUGAAGCUGAACAUUUAGCUUAUUAAGAGAAUUUCGUAUUAUCAGACAUUUAAAGCAACUUUAAUACUAAGAUUAUUGAAAAUCCUUAUUAGCAAAUUGAAAAAGUGAUUACAAAUAAUAAGCACAAUAAACUAUAUAGUAAAAAGUUAGAAUAGAUGUUUACUGAUAAAAUUAAGGAUAAGCCAAAAAAGCGAUAUGUGGAUACAAAUGAAUAUCUUGAAGUUGAGGGAAUUAAUGUUUACAGCAAAGAACUUGAUUUUAUUCGAAACAAUAAAUAGCAAGAAUACCAGUAUUUCGAGGAAAAGCAGGAUGAAUAAGAGGUAUAUAUAGAAAAUUGGAAUGCUCAAUAAUUAGCUAAAACUGGAUAACCACUGAAUUAUGAAUUGAAUUGA